AUGGGAACUUCAAUUAAAAGUGAAGCAAUGCAUUUUCUUGGAAUUCCAACCACUCGUGCACUUAGUCUUGUUACAACUGGAAAAUACGUGAGACGUGACAUGUUUUAUGAUGGCAAUCCAAAAGAUGAACCUGGUGCAAUCGUGUGUCGUGUGGCCCAAUCUUUUCUUCGUUUUGGCUCUUUCCAAAUACACGCUUCACGAGGCGAAGAACACUUCAAUAUUGUUAGAAGUUUAUCCGAUUACACCAUCAAACACCACUUUCCUCAUAUAGAAACCAUGACAAAAAACGACGACAGUUUAUCUUUCUUUACCAAUGAUGUAGAUCUAACUUCAAACAAGUAUGCAGCUUGGUUGGUGGAAGUUGCUGAACGCACUGCUUCACUAAUUGCAAAAUGGCAGGGUGUGGGGUUCACACAUGGUGUUUUAAAUACAGACAACAUGAGCAUAUUAGGGUUGACUAUUGAUUAUGGCCCUUUUGGGUUUCUUGACGCUUUUGACCCUAGAUUUACUCCAAACACAACUGAUCUUCCAGGAAGAAGAUAUUGUUUUGCAAAUCAACCUGAUACUGGCUCAUGGAAUAUAGCCCAGUUUGCAUUAUCUCUUUCAUCUGCUAAACUCAUUAACAAGAAAGAAUUCGAAUACGCUAUGGAAAGAUAUGGUGAUAAAUUUAUGGAUGAGUAUCAGGUGAUAAUGACGAAAAAGAUUGGAUUGUUAAAGUAUAAUAAAGAGCUUGUUAAUGAACUACUCAACAACAUGGCUGUUGACAAAGUUGAUUACACAAACUUCUUUAGAUUACUUUCCAACAUCCGUGUUGAUUCCGAUUCCGAUGUUCCGGAGUCGGAAUUGUUGAUUCCGCUCAAGUCUGCUUUGCUAGAUAUUGGAAAAGAGCGAAGAGACGCUUGGACUAGCUGGAUGAAACAUUAUAGAACCGAGUUGUCUGCUAGUGGUGUUUCGGAUAAGGAAAGGAAAGCUUCAAUGGAUUCGGUGAAUCCGAAGUAUGUUCUCCGGAAUUACCUAUGCCAGAGUGCGAUUGAUAUGGCGGAACAAGGUGAUUUUGAAGAGGUGAGACGGUUGUUAAAGGUAAUGGAAAGGCCGUUUGAUGAGCAGCCUGGAAUGGAAAGGUACGCGCGGUUGCCACCCGCAUGGGCUUAUCGCCCGGGUGUGUGCAUGUUGUCUUGUUCAUCGUGA